AUGUCUGUGCGCUUUUCUACUGCAUCCCGGCGCCUUGCUUCUUGUGGGGGAGCAGGCUCCUCGCGGCUCUCUAGUGGGGGAACCGGCUUUGGGGCUGGAAACGCCUGUGGUGUGCCAGGCAUCGGGGGUAGCUUUUCAUGUGCCUUUGGGGGCAGCUCAUCUGCAGGAGGCUAUGGCGGGGGACUAGCCGGGGGGAGCACGUCCUGUGCCGCCUACACAGGCAACGAGCACGGUCUCCUGUCGGGCAACGAGAAGGUGACCAUGCAGAACCUCAACGACCGCCUGGCCUCCUACCUGGACAACGUGCGCGCCCUGGAGGAGGCCAACGCCGACCUGGAGCAGAAGAUCAAGGGCUGGUAUGAGAAAUUCGGGCCUGGUUCCUGCCGCGGGCUUGAUCAUGACUACAGCAGAUACUUCCCCAUCAUUGACGACCUUAAGAGCCAGAUCAUCUCUGCAACUUCAAGUAAUGCCAACGUGGUCCUUCAAAAUGACAACGCCAGACUCACAGCUGAUGACUUCAGGCUCAAGUAUGAGAAUGAGCUGGCCCUGCACCAGAGCGUGGAGACCGACAUUGGCAGCCUGCGCAGGGUGCUGGAUGAGCUGACACUGUGCCGAACCGACCUGCAGAUCCAGCUGGAAACCAUGAGCGAGGAGCUUACUUACCUCAAGAAGAACCAUGAAGAGGAGAUGAAGGCCCUGCAGUGCGCGGCUGGCGGCAACGUGAACGUGGAGAUGAACGCGGCGCCUGGCGUGGACCUCACCGUCCUGCUCACAGAAGGCAACUACUGCACUCAGCUCGCCCAGAUCCAGGCCCAGAUCGGGGCCCUGGAGGAGCAGCUGCACCAGGUCAGAACCGAGACCGAGGGCCAGAAGCUGGAGUAUGAGCAGCUGCUGGACAUCAAGGUCCACCUGGAGAAGGAAAUCGAGACCUACUGCCGCCUGAUAGAUGGAGAGGAUGAUUCUUGUUUCAAAUCAAAAGGCUACGGAGGACUAGGAAAUCAGAUAAAAGAUUUACCUAGAACAACCACGGUUAAAACAAUUGUUGAAGAAAUAGAUCCUCGUGGCAAAGUUCUCUCCUCCAGAGUUCACACGAUGGAGGAGAAAUCCAUCAAAGUGUCCACUGUGAAUGGUGAGCAGAGGGUGCCUUCCUGAACCCACAAAGAAGGUCCCUGGAUUUAAGUAGUAGGUUGAAUUUGA